GUCAGUCAGCACAGUGGGAAAAGCUACACCCAGAGCAACCUCUCAAUCCACAGCUGGGAGUGAGGGCGACACAGGUGGGAGAGCAACCCCAGCAGAGACCCCAGACCAUGCUGUGCCCCACCUCACCUCACCUAGCCCUCCUGGCCCUGCUCUCUGUGGCUGGCGCUGUGGGUCCAGGGGAGCCAUGCCCGUCCGAGAUGAACCUGAUCAAGGACCGACUGCGGGUGAACUGCUCCGGAAAGGGGCUCAGCGUGGUGCCACUUGCCCUGCCCAGGAACACCGGCAUCCUGCUGCUCAGCUCCAACCGCCUGGCGUCCGUCUCCACUGCCUCCUUCCAGCACCUCCCUGAGUUGGCUGAGCUGGACCUGUCAGGCAAUGGACUGGGUGCGCUGCACACUGGGCCCCCCCUGCCCUUGCUGCAGGAGCUGGUCCUGUCCCACAAUGCCCUGGGGGUGCUGCCCACACUGCAGGGCCUGCCUGCCCUCACCCACCUGGCCCUGGCUCACAACAACAUUUCAGGGCUGCUGCCAGGGGCCUUCCGGGAUGUGCAGCUGCUGAAGGAUCUGAAUCUACGGGGGAACCAGCUGCGGACGCUGCCAGAAGAGGCCUUUGAGGGCCUGGCCAUGUUGAAGGACCUGGAUCUGUCUGAUAACGCCCUGGAGGAGCUGCCGCAGGGGCUGUUGGCUGGGCUGAAGCUGGAUAAGCUGUGGCUGUCAGGGAACCAGCUCCGCACUCUGCCCAGCAACUUCUUCCCCAAGGAGCCCAUAGCCUAUGUCUACCUAGCAGGGAACCCCUGGCGCUGUGACUGUGGCCUGGCCUAUCUGCGGGGCUGGAUCGCAGACAACGACUUCAGCAUCUACAUCCAGGAGCAGAGGUCAGAUGGGGUGCUGACUGAGAAUGAUCCCCAGAGCCCCGUGUGCGAUGAGCCCCUCAGACACCACGGGAGCCCUGUCCUCGAGUUCAAGCAGGCCUGCGGCAAAGCAGGGGACACAGACUUGGAUAUCGAUGGGACAAUGACAGAGGAGGGAACCCCAGUGCCCUCUGCUACUGUCCCCUCCACCACCCUGCCCCCAACCACCCCUAUACCCCCCACUACUGCCUCCUCCACCACCCUGCCCCCAACCACUCCCGUGCCCCACACUACUGCCCCCUCCUCCACCCAACCCCCAACCACUCCCGUGCCCCCCACUAUUGCCCCCUCCACCACCCAGCCCCCAACCACUCCCGUGCCCCCCACUACUGCCCCCUCCACCACCCAGCCCUCAACCACCCCUGUGCCUCCCUCUACAGCCCCCUCCACCACCCAGCCCCCAACCACUCCUGUGCCCCCCACUAUUGCCCCCUCCACCACCCAGCCCCCAACCACUCCUGUGCCCCCCACUACUUCUUCCUCCACCACCCUGCCCCCAACCACCACCAUGCCCCCCACUACUGCCCCAGAACUUGCACCCCCACGGCUCCCCAGCACCCCCAUGACUCCCACCACCUCCCUUAUCCCCUCGCCUCCCUUCCAUACCAGCCCUCUCCACAUCACCCCCUGCCACCAGCCACCCCCUCCGAAUGGGGCUCCCCGCCUCUGCACAUGCCCCACCCCACCCCCAGCGAUGCCCGUGGCUGGGCGUCAGCAGGGCAGGGAGGGCCCACAGUGGGGCCACUGGGUGCUAGCCCAUUGCUGCCUGCUGCACCUGGCGCUCUACCUGGCCUCCUUGCUGCUGCUGCUGCUGCCCAUGCUGGCUCUCUUGGGCUGGAUGGGCUGGGUAUAUCUGGGCUGGUAUCGCCCAGCUCUGAGGAGUCCCCCGGGGGCACGGCUGGUGCGGUACCAGCUGCUGAGAAAGGGGGAGGGGGCAGCACCCCCCAUGAUGCAUCUUAGCAGCUUCAAGAGCCUCAUAGAGCCCCCAACCUUCUGCACCACCAAGGAGCUGCGGAUCCACCGCGACCCCCCUGUGCCCUCCUUCCGACGUGUUACCAGGAGGCUGCUGAGUGUGGGGGGGCUGGGCCCCUGGCGAGCUCCCUCCGCCUACAGCCUAGACAGGGGGGAAGCAGCUAUCGGGGCUGUCAGGGUGAAAUAUUCAACCACCACCCUCUAA